GAAAGCUUAAAAGGUGAUCAUGUUUUUACACAUCGAGAGAGCGAGAGCGACAGAAAAAGUCACACGCUUUUGCAUGAACUAUGUAUUUACUAGUCGUGGAUCGUACCAAUAUGUAAGCAAUAGAGCGUAGCCACUACUGUUCUUGAUGUUAGAAUUUGGACGAGAGACAACUGAAAGGAAAGAGGUCUGGUGCACGAAGAAAGUGAAAACGCGUCUGUACAAGCGGAGCGUUGGUUGAGAAUCGAACGAAUUACAUGCGUGCAAUUUGUAGUGUAUCAUGUGCAAGAAAACCCGUAUUAAACGGAUGUCCAAGGUAGUACUUGAAUGAAAACUGAUCGGGUUGUAUAGACGACACGAACCAGACAGAGGAAAAUAUUGAAACUGUUGAAAGGUGGCCCCGGCUCCCCCUCGUCGUAAACAAGUACUAUUAUUAUGUGAUCGCAGAUUAAAGAAGUAGGCCACGGAGGCGAAGUUAACAUGCACAGGCACUCGCUUCUUGUUUGAGAGGAUGUGAAGAUGAGUAAGCUUCUACUUGUUAGUUCUUAAUUAUAAGUAACAAAUUUCAAUUUGUGAUCGUGAGAAGAAAAUUGAGCUUCAUUGUCGUCGAAUGCAUUUUAGUAUCUAAUUCUUAAAAAAAGGGCGGAAUUGUAGAAGAAGAACAUGGGAUUGGCUUCUCGAUUCGCCUCAGCUGGCCGUAGCGGCCGCGUCCUCCCUCGGGUAGGCGGAUUUUCACAGCGUCACGUAUAUAAUCCGGAAGCGAUCAACAACUUGUCUUCAUCCUCCAGAAUCCUGCAACCAUGUCAACCACUUCAACGCUCUCAAGAUCAUCUUGUAGGAAAUCGCUAUGCUGCUGGGUCAUCGAAUUUUACUAUUGAUUUUGUGACGAGAAGAUCUUUCGCAUCUACCAGCGGCAACAAGAUGAAGAACGAAGCAGGUGUAGAUAUUGCAGAAGGGUUAAGCGUUCCGCAUUUCAGGAAGGGCGGCUCGCGGCUGAUCAAAAAGGAAGCUGCAGCCGGAAGCGAGGCUGCAGAGAAUCAGAAUGUUGAAGUCCGUCAGGAACUGGUUCGAAAGCCGAGCGUCAAAGUAUUACAUACACCAACAAACUACAACUAGGAACGCCGAUAUUGAAGUAAAAUUUUGAUUUUUGGUUUGACUAAAAGAAAAAUCCACGACGGACGAAGGAAAGACUGUAAGUCUGAUCUGAUCAUAGAUAAAGAAGAUUCAGGGUCAAAAAUACAAAUAUCUAUAAUGCUAAAAUGUUUCAGCUGACGGACAUCCAAUAUGGUCCGAAUACCUAUGCUCUACCGAUGGUGAAUCAUUUGUGGACGAAGCCAGAGAUAGAGAAGAGAUUGAAGAAUCAGCCGCAAUUUCAACCCAUUACGAUGAUGGACAAGGCCAUGUACCACCUGGUGAAGACAGUUUUGUACCGGGGUUUCAACUACUUUUCCGGAUUCAACUACGAGAACCCGACGGUGAAAUCCUGCGAAUUCAGGUUGAUCUUGCUCGAGUCGAUUGCGGGCGUUCCCGGGAUGGUGGCAGCUGUCAUCCGCCACUUCAACAGCUUGCGCACCUUGAAACGAGACCACGGCUGGAUUCACACUUUGCUGGAAGAAGCGCAGAACGAGCGAAUGCACUUGCUAGUGUGUAUGCGCACGUUCGAAGCUGGCCUGCUCACUCGCUUGAUGGUUUUUGGGGCGCAGUUUGUGAUGGUGCCAUUUUUGACGACUUUGUACAUCGUCCAUCCCCGCUCGUUGCAUCGUUUCGUGGGCUACCUGGAGGAAACUGCCGUCAAAACGUACACGGACUUAAUCAGAUUGACGCAAACGGAAGGAACGCAUUUGCACAAGAAGUGGGCUACUUUAAAAGCUCCAGAUCUCGCCAAAGCCUACUGGAACCUGGACGAUGAUUAUGACUGACACAACAUUGUUAACAUGAGCAUUAUCAUUAAUGUAGAUGCAUAAUCAAAACGAGAUGAAGAAGGCUACAACUGUUGAGUCUCCACUGAGUUGUUUUAUCUAACCACAUAUGUAAAGUGCGCGUUUUGAUGGUCAUGACUACAUGUGAUCAAAAACAAAAGGUCUCUUUCAGCACUUUAUACGACGCGUAGUUGAUUGUUAAGUAGACUAGACAUGGAGGCGAGAAGAGUUGAUCUUCAUCUUGAUCUUUUUGAUCCUUUAUUCUAGAUUUAGAUACUUUAUCAUACAUUUCUAAUCAUCUGCCAUGUGGAUUGAAGUAUUGGAGAAUUUGAUGGCGGAUGAGACGAACCAUAGGGACGUGAACCACAAAUUCGCUAACAUGGAUGCGGACGAACCCAACCCUUACAUCGAGAAGCAUAUCGAAGACAUCGCAAACUUCGACCAGCGCGAAGGGAAGUUUUUUGCGACUGAUGCGCAGACAACAUCAGUUGUUUCUGGAGAACAAAAUCAAAAGCAAAAGGCGUCUUCGUAAAUAAGACUGGAGAAAACUCGCGGCGCAAUGAAGAAGAAUAAAUUUGAACUUGAACUCAAUGCAGGACUACACAAAUUAGCACAAUUAGAGACCGAUAAGGAACAAGAAACCGCGUGCAAUAUUGAAUUGAGUGUUGGAUAAUUUUCCUUUCUGUUUUACUUUUCAGACUAGUACAAAAAGAAGAACAACAAGAACAGAAGCACGGUUGGCGGAACAUUUACAGGCAGCAUUGCUGAUGCUGCCGUCCAAAGUUCCACCUAAUGUACUAGAGGUAUUAUACUUAAAACUGAAAAUGUCGAUGUUGUUCGAACUCCAAGUAACAAUGAUCUUGUGAAGAUAAUAUGAUGCGGAUUAGUUGUUGUAUACUCGGUAUGAAAUGCCCCCGACGAUCAUUGGGUUUCUUAGUCAAUAAUUCUGCGAUAACUUAUGGUUAUGUAUGAUUUUCAAAAGAUAAAGAUGUUAUUGUUAAUAAAUGAACCCAAUCUCAGAAUUCGUUCCUACGGUCAUUCAGAAUAAUGGCAUCAGGAACGCACACAUGACAUGACAUUGACUUGAUCGCCAUCCCCUUGAGUAUGCCAAUCUGAUAUCAAUGCACAAACAUUGAGUCCACUAAGUACAAGUAGAUCCAGAUCCGCAGAGGAAAACAGAGGUAGACGAUUUAUUGUGAUUGGUCGAAAUUCGGAGGAAGUAGCCCGGCUCGGCCUAGAAAGCUCUGCUGUUGUAUUCGCUUCAAGGCAGCUAGCAUUCAGAUGAUGUAGAAGCUGAAGCUCUACUGAGAGAAGAUAUCACCAUCAUGAUAAUUAUCAUUAUUUUUAUUUUUGUUUACACAUAGUGACAUGAAUAUGAAUUGGAAUGAUAGCUAGUAGAAAAAGAAGUUCAAACAGACGCUGGCGCGAAUUGUUGGACUCACGGUAUGUGCAUGCAUUGUUAGAUAUUUCAGAUGUUUAGCAGUGAUGAUUUUCAUCUUGUUUUGUGAAGCCAAAGCUACAGUGCCACUUAUCAUGUUGGCCUUCCUACAUGGACUAUCUUCCGCUUUCCUUCAAGCAAGAAAGAGCUCGUCGGCAAUCUGAUGCUGGUAGUAAAUUAACUGAGGAACAGCCGUUGAAUGUGAAGAGAAUCAAGUGUGAUUAACAACGAGCACAGUUUCCUAGUGAUUUAGUAGAUUCGUGUACAACCGAGUCUAAUGUGAUCACCGUGAUUGCGGCCUAUCGUAACAAGUAAUAUCCGAUUACGAUUUUGCCUUGUUAUAAUAUGUAAGCAAGCUUGGGAUAACCAGCAAGAAGAUGAAGAUAUCCAUCUACCUAGUUUUACUUUUACCAGCACGGACAAUUUAAGUACGUAGUUUCUUUGUUACAUGAUCAUCGUGUCAACGACGAGGCACGAUAGAAUUAGCUAGAUGCUCAAGGUACAGAUCGCAAAGUACCAAGUAGCACUGUCGUCAACUAUCGGGCUUGUCAACAUAAAGAAAACGUGACAAAGAAGGCGCUCCUUCAAGAUUAAAGUGGGGGCGAUGGAUGUUCAGGCUUCUUCAAGUACGAGUCGGGUGUCACAAUACACAGCAUAAAUUCCCUACUGCCGUUACAUGUAUGUUUCUCAACGUCUAAUCGGUUCCUAGACUAGGAAAACGAAACAGUGAUGACAAGGAAGCUGG